AUUGAUAUUACAGGUGUAAAACUCGUUUGAAGUGAGUGAGUUUUUAGCAGUCGGCGAUGAACACAGCCUCAAAAUGUACUCCAACCAACCUUCAGCCACGCUGCUUUUUGUGUUUAUUUCCAUCUCUUUCUGUGUUGCUCAAUCCAAAAGAAAUAAUAAUACGAAUGAUACCUCGGUUGAAAACAAAAAAUGGAUUACAAAUUCGUCUAGAAUCUUCCAAAAUUUAAUGGAGGAUUAUGAUCCAUCAAUUGCUCCGUUUGUUCCAGGUAAGCCAGUGCAGGUGGCACUCACAUUUGAAAUCCUGGCUUUUGGCGAGAUGAAGGAAGCAAAAAUGGAAUACAGUUUAGAUUUAUAUUUCUUUCAAGUUUGGUCAGAUAUCAGACUUGCUCAAGGUCAAGAUAGGAAUUUCGCAUUCAGUGGAAAUGACAUUAAAAAGAUCUGGACACCAGACACCUACUUUAUGAAUGCCAAGAAAACAGAUAUUAAAAAUGUUAUGAAAGACAAUCAAAUGGUGUAUAUCCUGCCUGACGGAGUGGUGGUACAGAUGUCCAGGAUCACAUUAGACGUGGCUUGUCACAUGCAGCUGCAGAUGUAUCCAUUUGACAGACAGAAAUGUGAACUCAUUAUCGAGAGUUUUUCAAUGACAGAAUCAAAGUUAAACUACACUUGGGGCAACUUAGCAGUGGAAAAAUGCGUCGUGGAUGUUUAUGAUGAAGCCAUGGCUCAGUAUGAGUACAAAGGAGUGAAACUUAGUUAUAAACACGAGAAGAUUUCCUCUGCUGCUUUCUCCAACUUGUACGCUACCUUUGUAUUCGACCGCCUUACGUCAUAUACAGUUCUCCAAGUGUACGUUCCCAGCUACAUGAUUGUUCUUUUAUCAUUCAUGGCUUUGUGGAUUCCUAAAGAUGCCGUGCCUGCCCGUGUGGGACUGGGGAUAACAACUGUGCUUACUAUUGUGUACUUUUUAGGAACUGUCAAUAGCUCGAUGCCUCGUGUGUCUUACAUGAAGGCUAUCGACUGCCACCUUUUUGUAUCGUUUGGUUUUGUGUUUGCCACCAUGUUGGAAUAUAUUGUUGUGCUAAACACCUCCGACAGAAAGAAGAGGAGGAUGUCUACUCACGAGGACUUUGAACUUGGACCACUCAACAAUCACACGUCGGACGACUCACCACAAAACAAACGAUACGAUGCAGGUGUACCGGAUGCUUGUUACCAAGUGUUCUCCUGCAAAAGGAAAAGAAUGAAAGCCAGCCCGUCCGUGAACGCGGUGGACAGAUACGCACGGAUCCUGAUGCCAUCUGUCUAUGGAGUCUUUGUUCUCAUUUACUGGUUGAUAUGUGCAUUGCUGUCUCCUCAAAAAGAAUCAUUGGAUCUCUGUUAGGUUUGGUGCUUCUGUGGUGGGAAGAAAAUCCAAAAAACAUUUCCUGGUUUUGUCUUAGAAAAUCUUUCAUGAAAUGUGUUGAAAGGCUUAAAUUUUAUUGCGUUCAGUCAAAUGCAUCUAACGCAUUUUCAGACAAGACUUAUCUUGAACCUGUAGUUUAAAUUAUGCUUCUUUAUGUUUUGUCGGCCUCUGUGGACGAUUGUGAUAAAAAUAAUUCUUUAUGAGUUAGUUUUGUUGAUUAAAAUUCUUUACACCUUCAGUGAACGGUGGGAGAAUUUUUUUUGUAAAUUUUUUUUUCAAAAAACCAUAGAGAACAUAGGAAAGAAGGGAAAAGAAAAGAAGAAUAACUACUUGGUAGUUUGGACGCGAAGUAUGUUACUUGAUAGAGAGUCCGUGUUCUUCAGGAAGUCAUAUUGCGGUAUUUUGUAAUUGUUCCAAUGGUAUUUCUCAAAGGAAGCUAUUAUGUGCCGUUAAAUUGAGAAACAAAAAUAGAUUAAGUAUUCAUGAAGAGUGUCGCUAGUGAUAAUGCUGGACUUACUUGAAUAGGCUUGAAUAUAAAUUAGCACUGAAUGAGCCAAUCAAUUUUUAAGAACAUCCUCAGUAAGUGUGUACCUUCAUACUGAUCAGCAAAGUCAACGAGAAGUAUGAAAUAUAUUAAUCGACAUCAUUAUCUGUAUCGCGUGUUAAAGUUGGAAAUUCUUUGAUAAAGGGAUAAUGAACAAAUUUCUACACUUUCUGGAGUAAUCCUUUUUAUUCCUCUUUACUUUUCAUUGGUGGCCAUGUGAAGUGUAAAUAUAACUCCCAAUACAGCCUUCUAAGUAACCAUGGAAGGCUAAGAGAGUAGCCACAUGUAGACUGUUUUGUACCUUCUUGGAAAGUCUGUACUACUUAAUUUCCCGGUAUAACCGGCCUUAGCCAGCGUCAUGCAUGUAAUAAACAUGAUUUGUCGUG